AUGGCCAGAGAGGAAGAGCAGGAAGGGGGUGCCUCCGGCGGAGGCGGCGGCGGCGGCGGCGGAGCAGGAGGCCGCGGAGGCGCGGAGCAAUGGGAGGCGCCCGACGCCUCUUUUCUUGCAGGCCGCGUUCCGUCGCCGACCCAACCGGGAGCCACGUUGCGCUUCGGGCUGGUCCCGUCGGAGCUGCACGCGCGGCUGCUGGACCAGCAGGACUACCGAGGCCGCGUGGGCGCCAUGGAGCAGCUAAAGCGGGUUUUGGGAGAGGCGCCGGGUGCGGCCUUGGCCUGCUUGCCCCCACCUAGCCUCCUUGGGCUGCUCAGCCUGCUGCGGGCGUUGCUGGACGACUCAAACUUCAAAGUGGCGCUGGGUGCGCUAGAAGGGCUGCGCCUGCUGGCUGUCCGCCUAGGCCCGGCCGCGGGGAGCCGGUCCCGCCUGGAGCCGUUGGUGGCGGCCGCAGCUAAAGUGCUAGGCGACGCUAAGUUGGCCAUCCGUCAGGAGUACCAUCAACUCUUUCUGGGUCUGAUGCGGGCAGCCGGCCCUCAGCCCGUGCUGGAUCUCCUGCUGCGCCCCGAGCACCUGCAGCAUCGCAAUUCUCGUGUCCGCGAGGUUGUCCUGGCCAUCUCCAUCGCUGCUCUCCUCACCUUCCCUAGCGAGGACUUCGAGCUCCCCAAGCUGGUGGCUGCGCUUGCCCCUGCUCUGGCGGACAGCAAGCGCCGGGUUCGUCACGCCGCCCUAGAGGCUUUUGCUGUCUUAGCCUCGGCCCUGGGCCCCGGUCGCACCAGCCUGAUCUUCAAGGCGGUGGACGUGGUUGAACUUCAGGAUAAUUGUGAAGGAGUCAUGAGUGCUGUGCAGGCUCGGUUGGCGAGAAAAACUCUUCCCAAGCUGACCGACCAGUGGUUUGUGGAGUAUGCUGUUCCCCUGCCUUCCUCGGCAAACGGGCGCGGCUUUCAUUUGCCUCAUGGAGCGGACACAGAUUGGCUCCUAGAGGGCAACCGAAUCCAGAGUGCCCACAGCUACUCUGGAGAGACUGCUGGGUCUUUUACCCCUUUUGCAGAUCACGCAGUAUGUCCCCGGCGUGUGUUAAGUGCUGGGAAAGGAAAACUGCCUUGGGAGAGUGAACGACCUGGGAACCAAACUUGCUUUGCAAAAGGAAGUGAACCAGUAAGUAAAACCAUCCUAUGGUACUGGUGUCUAAAUUGUUCUUCAAGCUAUAUGGAGUCAUCCAGGUGUCUUCAGUGCUUGACAUCAAAUGAUUUUCUUCACUCUCCUAAAUUAAGAGCUUCUCAAGGUGUGAUGGCCUCUCAUCAGCCACAUAUUUCAGGGAAAUCCAAUCUACUUGGUUUUUCUCAUAGCUGUGGAAAAAGUGGCAGUGUGGAUUCUGACCUACAGUUUCUAGGACUUAGCAGUCCAUGGCAAGAUAAAGGUUUCGUGUGGAGAGGUGGUUGUCAUUCACUUAAGAAAUCACAAGAUCAUGCUGUUAAUUUCUCUAAUUCCUGGCCUCUUAAGAGCUUUGAAGGGCUUCCAAAACCUACACAUCAGAAGAAGUUUUCCAGCCCAAUAUCAGGAGAGGAAGCAGAGGUGAAACCUCAAGAUACUCCUCCUAUUCAACUGAAACCUGCCUUUGUAAGGACCCCAGCUUCAAGGAGAGGCCUGAGUGGAACAAAGCCAGUGCCUCCAAUCCCUAGGGGGGUGAGCCCCUUGCCUGAUAAAACAGAAAUCAGUUCAAUGGGACGAAAGAAUGGAGAGCUAGAAGACAUGUGGCUAAAUGAAAGGGAUAAGAAAUUGGCGAUUGAUCUUUCAGAGUUAAACAUCAAUGAAAGAGAGCUUGAUGAGGAAGAGAUGCAUAGUUCUCUUCGGUCUCUUCGUAAUAGUGCAGCUAAGAAGAGAGCAAAAUUGAACGGCAGCACUUCUGAUCUUGAAAGCCCUGAUUCAGUGUUGAAGCUUGAUCUAACUUCAGAGUCACCUUCCGGCUUGUCAUCUCCAAGUACUAGUUCUUACAGUGAAAGUGGAGUUUAUAGUCUUGAGUCUGUAACAUCCCCACUCUCUACAGCCCCGCAAGGGUUAAGAACAAUAUCAGAUAUCUUUUAUCUACCUGGAAGUAAUUCCCGCCCCACAAAGCUCUCACCUGCACGGAAUCGAAGCUCUAUUAUUGUGGAGCAGAAUCCCAGUGCAGGAACAAGGUUUCAUGAAAAGGCAACUUCCUAUGUAAGUGUUAGCAGCCAGCAUCUGAGCUGUGGAAAUGGAUCAGGAGAUUAUGAAGAUGAUAAACAGAAAGUUUUGUCUCCUGCCAGUCUAAAAGGCCAGAGCAAAGAGUAUCAAAUGCACUGUAAAUCCACAAAAGGAUUUACAGGACCUUCUUCAAGUUUACAUCAGUUGAAUAGUCUAGAAUACAUUUCACCGAGUGCCUUGUCAGAAGACUCUGUAGUUAUUGUUGGAAAAGGAAUGUUUGAAAGCCCCUCUUCAUUUCCUACCUAUGGUCAAUCCAUAAUAUUCUCCAUGGAGAAUGGAGAUGCACCUUCGUUCAAACCAAAAAUGGAAUCACUUUCUGGCAUCUAUGGGAGAGCAGUCCAGCAGCAAAACUCUGCACCUUGCCUAGAUGUGGAAAAUGAAAGAGAUAUGAAAGUUGCCUUAUCCAAAUCUGCCCGAGAAAAGAUGAGACAGAAGAAGAGAGAAGAAAAGGAACACCAGCAAAUUAGAGAUCUGGGGAAAAAAGAAUCCAACCCUUGGGAAUUGCUCAAGAUCAGUGAAUCAGAAAAGAUGACAACUGAAAGCAGAAAUAUUGCUUUCAGUCCCUUGUUGAAAAGAACAUCAAGUAUUAAAAAAGCACAACCUUUGAUCUUGAUAGACUCAGUUGCAGGUGAAGACUCUCCAGAUCCACAAAUGCCGUUUAAGGAUCAGACGUUGUCUGUUACGCACAGUUCCGAAAUAAUGGAACCCUCAGAUUUGAGACCCUUCCCCAAGCCUGAAGUUGCUCUUUUGGAAGCCUUGCAGUAUGUUGCUGAUAAUGACUGGGAGAAGAAAAUUGAGGGCCUCAAUUCAAUUAGGUGCCUUUCUGCCUAUCACUCUGAUGCUCUAACUGCAAAGCUGCAUGAAACUAGCUUGGCUGUUGUGCAAGAAGUGAAAAAUUUACGUUCUGUUGUUUCCCGAGCUGCGGUUGUUUGUUUAGGAGAUUUAUUCAACUACCUGAAAAAGAGCAUGGAUCAAGAACUAGAUAAUACAGUUAAAGUCCUUUUGCAUAAGGCUGGGGAAUCAAACACCUUCAUUAGGGAGGACGUUGACAAAGCACUGAAAGCUAUGGUUAAUAAUGUGACUCCUGCACGUGCUCUUUCUUCUCUGAUCAAUGGAGGUCAAAGCCACUUAAAUAUAGCAGUAAGAAGAUGCACUGCCCAACAUUUGUCAGAUGUUGUAGAGCACAUGGGACCAGGACGUAUAUUGUCUGGAAUUAAAGAUAUAACUGACAAGAUUUUGUCUGCUGUGGCCAAAUUUGUCCAGGAUGGUUCACAAGAAACAAGAUACUAUGGGCGAAAGAUGCUUUUCACUUUGAUGACCCACACAGACUUCGAUAAAAUGCUUGAAAAGCAUGUGCUGCCAAAGGACUUGCCUUAUGUUAAAGAGACAGUCAGCAAUUUGCGUCAGAAGGGACUUGGAGAGAUGCCAAUAGUUACACCCUCAGCCAAAGGAAGGCGUUCUCAUACUGGCAACAUAGACAAUUCAAGAUCAAACAUGUCGCGCAAAGUACUUAGUGCUAGUGAUAGAGAGAUUAGAGAAAUACGUGAUAUGUCCAGGAAAUUAGUCCCGCGCAAUGCUUUGGAAAAUGCUGAAUAUGUAAAGUUUAUAACCACUUUACUGAAUGCAAAAGAUUUCCGCGAUCGAAUUAAUGGAAUUAAACAACUUUUAGAAGACACAGAGAAUAAUCAAGACCUUGUUGUUGCGAACAUUGUGAAGAUCUUUGAUGCCUUCAAGUCUCGCUUACAUGACUCAAAUAGCAAAGUCAAUCAGGUUGCUCUAGAGACCAUGCACCAGUUGAUUCCUCUGUUGAAAGAGAAACUAUCUCCUGUUAUCAACAUGUUGAUUCCUGCCUUGGUUGAUAACAAUCUGAAUUCUAAGAAUCCAGGCAUCUAUGCUGCUGCCACUAAUGUCAUCCAGGCUCUUUGUCAACACUUAGACAAUUACCUGCUUCUCCAGCCAUUCUGCACUAAGGCCCAGUUUCUGAAUGGAAAAGCCAAACAAGACAUAACUGAAAAACUAGCUGAACUUGUUGUUGAGUUGUAUCCCCGGAAGCCUCAUGCAGUGGAGCAGAAAGUCUUGGUGGUUUUAUGGCAUUUGUUGGGCAACAUGACAAACAGCGGUUCCUUACCUGGAGCUGGUGGAAAUAUUCGGGCAGCCACUGCUAAACUGUCAAAAGCACUUUUUGCACAAAUGGGUCAGAAUCUGUUGAUCCAAGCUGCAUCUCAGCCCCCACACAUAAAAAGAACUCUGGAGGAAUUUUUUGACCAAACUACCUGAAGCAGACUCUGACAUGGACAUAAAGAUUAUUAUAGGCUCUGGAUAACAGCAGUUUUACAUGGUCUGGAAUGGAUCAUUUUCAAGCAGCCUGCCUUUAUUAUGUUUGUGCUUUUCAUGCAGAAAUGAAAUUGGACUGACUGCUUUUAAUGACCAACCAUUUAGGACUUUAUUUUUCCAGUUGAAGUCCUAGGCUGAAACCAAAAUCAGUAUGACACUUGCAAAUGUACUUCCUGUCCUGGUGCUGUUCCAAGAUUCUGUAGAAUCGGGAUUGGAUGUCUGUGAAAGCAAAGUCAACUCUGCUUCUUUGCACUCUUUUUGACUUGGUGGCAUGGCGCCCUGUGUGUACUAACAAAGAUGAAAUUUAGAAAUAGUUUUAAUCAUGAAAUCAUGUUAUGACAUGUCUUCUCAUAUAGCCUUAAAAGGGGGGGAGGGACUUCGGAGAGACAUGAACAGGGUUUUGUGUGAUAUUUGUGGAAAAAAAAUGUAUUUUAAAAAUCAGUCCCACUCAUGAUUGUGCAGUAUUAGCUUGCUUUUGCUGCUGUUGAUGUAUUACAUCUGCUUGACAGUUGAGCAUAAUUAUCUGCACAUUGUUGUAAAACUUGGAAAAGGUUUUAAUGAAGCAUGUUGACCAAAAUUUAUAGAAAAUAAUUUUUUACAGAUUUUGAACAUGUCUUAAAAGAAAUGGCACAUGUUGAAUAUAGCUUCCAUAUUUUAGUGUGAAAAAUAUUACUGAAUUUUAUCUGUCCAAAAUUUAUAAAGGUGUUAACUUUUCUGACCUUAUGUGCAAUCCUCAGCAAUAUAGUGCCAGUUCUGCUCUCAAAAUAUGAAACCUACAAGUACUGUAUUCAUCUGAAAGAUAAAAAAGUUAUA